UUUAUUGUGAGAGGCGGAGGGACAUUAAAGACAUGAGCUGUGUCCUCACCUGCCGCUGUGACCUGAUAUUUCCAGCAAACACUCACACCACCUCGUCUUUCUCCUCGUUUCACGGUGAAGGACAGAGGACACUUGUCCGGAUUUGAAUUGGAGCGGGUCGAGGUCUUGUAUUGGUCUGUUUCCGGGAGGGAUUCGGCUGCAGGAUGCCCUGAGAUUUGACCUUUUCUCGGGACCAGCAGCCGCUGUCACCAGCUGGAGGCUCUACAGGGCUGCGGAACCACAGCGCCACCCCUCGGCUUGUCCUCGCAUCUCCCACGCAAGCGCUUCAUCCCGGAAGUGAACCCGUGAGGUCAUGGGAAGCAAAGUCAGCUCCAAAAUGGCUGCCCCGGCCGCUCGAGUGAUCCAGGCUGUCCGGCCUCGUGCUCCACUGAUCAAGUUCCCCAACAGACAAGGAGUCCCAAGACCCAAUGCCCAAGAGGCAUUAAAGGCAUCAGCUGUUAACUUCCCACAACACAGCGCUGGCAGCCCACCUUCUGCCGCAGCACCGCCUUCACUAUCAAGACCUCAUGUAUCUUUGACCCCGAUCCCCGGCACGCCAGACACACUGGCAUCGAUUCAGCUUCUCCCUGCAAGGUACCGGAGGAGACCGCUGACCGCAGAUGAAAUGGACUACAUCGAGCGCGGCGGACCUGAGUGACACGACCCGUCUCAAAUCACUGCAGCCAAAGUCCUUAUCUGUUGGAAAUCAGUAUGUGUCUUGAAUUCUGUUCCUCAGCACAAAGAACCUAAUGCCGCAUGAGACAUGUAGAAUAAAAUAUUAUAUAAAUCCUGUUAAAAUGUACAUAUGCUUAUUAUUAUUUAGAUGCUAAAUCUUAAUUGUUUUUCAUUAGAAAGUUCAUAUUAAGGGACAUCUCGCAUGUAUUUCACAAUUAAACCAUAACAUGGUUUUCUUAU